AGCUCUACAUUACUGUUUUGCCCAUUACGAGAGUUGAUGAACGAAGUGUAUUGUUGAGAAGUUUCUUUAAAUUCUUUCUUUUGAAGCUACUGAAUUAAGGUUUGCUCUGGUCACGCCCUUUUCUAAUAAAUCUAAGGAAGUCAAGUAAAUAUCACCCGCAGAUGAGUAGCGAAAGAAGUGGGGCUAAUGCCAUGAACGUCAUGGACAUGAGCAGCGGCUCCGUUAGCAAUUUAGCUUCAACGAGUCCCGUGCCCUCCUUGGGCGAGCUGUAUUCCCAGCUUGACUUCUAUAUUGGCGUAGGAUUGGCAAUUUGCUCAUGCUUUUUUAUUGGUUCGAGUUUUAUAAUAAAGAAGAAGGCGCUUAUGCGGCUUAGUAGACAAGGAGAAAUGCGCGCUGCCGCUGGCGGCUAUGGUUACUUAAAAGAAUGGAUUUGGUGGGCAGGCUUGCUAACGAUGGCUCUUGGUGAAGGCGCCAAUUUCGCAGCAUACGCUUUUGCGCCAGCAUCUCUUGUUACUCCACUCGGUGCCCUGAGCGUAAUCAUAUCCGCGGUGAUGGCAUCAAAUUAUUUAAAUGAAAAACUCAAUCUUCUGGGAAAAAUCGGUUGCGUACUUUGCAUUCUAGGCUCAACUAUCAUCGUUAUACAUUCACCAAAAGAGAAAGAGGUCGAAAAUUUAGAGAUUUUAUUUGAAAAAUUGCAAGAUCCAGGAUUCAUUUUUUAUGUGCUUUGCAUACUUGGCUCAACAGUGUACGUAGCACUAUUUAUUGCACCGAGAUAUGGUCAUUCUAAUGUUGCAGUAUAUAUUUACUUGUGCUCCGGCAUUGGCUCACUGACUGUGAUGUCAUGCAAAGCGCUGGGAUUGGCCAUACGCGAUACCAUAAAUGGUACUGGAAACGAUUUUGCCACUUGGAUGCCAUGGUUUCUGAUUUGCGUUACUGUUACUUUCAUUGCUAUACAAAUGAAUUAUUUAAACAAAGCGCUGGAUGUAUUCAAUACAGGAAUUGUAACGCCCGUAUAUUAUGUAAUGUUUACAUCUCUUGUCAUAACAGCCUCUGCAAUACUUUUCAAGGAAUUUACACACAUGCGUUUCGAAGAUAUCUUGGGAGAUAUUUGUGGAUUUUUUGUGGUAAUUUUAGCUGUAUUCAUGUUGAAUGCUUUCAAAGAUUUGGAUAUCACAUUGAAUGAUGUACGUAGUAUCAUGCGCCCAAAAAUUCAACGCAUUUCACAAUAUGAUGAAGAAGUACUUGUAUCGAAUGCUGCUAAAGAUCGACGAUACUCUUAUGGAUCAGGAGACUAUUUCCGAAAAGCUUGACGUAAACAACGCCAUCGCGUUUAAGGCAUUUGUAUGGUUAUUACUUAAUUUAUUAAGGCAUCAACGAUCAAUAUAAUGCCUAAAUUUCCAAAACUUUCCUAGUAUAUUUUGUUUUUAGUCCUUAAAAUUUAAUAAUGUAUGUAUGUAUAUAAAUUUAUACAUACUCAAUAUGAAUUAUGUAUAGUUUGUGGUUUUGUAGAUGUAGUUUAAGCAACAAGUGUCUUUCGAAAAUAGUGUCAGCUAUAAAAAAGUCCUCUAAUUACGCAGAAUUUGGAAAAUUUUAGGGUUAUGCCAUAACGAACUAAGUAAAUAAAGCUUUUGCAUAUAUAAAAUCA